AUGUUUAAGCUCUGUGGACUUCAUCUACUCUAUCUCAUGGUAUUUCACCUGGCUGCAUGCCAUGGUAUGAAUGAAUUGUAUGUCAGUGGACCUCUGCAAGACAUGACUUUUUCUGUAAAUGAAGGUACAACUGGAGUUCAUGUACUAUACCAGUUUACAAGUGAGCCGCCUGCUGUCAGUUUGAGACUGUCUGGUGAAAAAGAUGGCGUCAUUGAGAUCGCGUCAAAGACAGGCUAUCUCUAUCUCAACGGGUCUCUAGACAGGGAAACCAAAGCAAUCCACAGGCUACAGGUGGAGGCUCUGAAUGAAGUGGGAGAGAAAGUGAAAGGUCCCUACUCUAUUACUAUCAAUGUUCAGGAUAUUAAUGACAACCCACCAAAGUUUGACAAGUCAAAAUACUAUGGAGUAGUAUGGGAGAAUUCCCGUCCAGGCAAACCCUUCAUCUAUGUCCAUGCCACUGAUCAUGAUGAUCCUACAACACCUAAUGCACAACUGAAUUACAACAUUCUCCACCACUUCCCCAACCCUUAUCAUCAGAUGCUUUUUCAGAUUGAUAACGUAACUGGAGCAAUCUCCACAAGUGAGCUUGGAUCUCGUUUAUUAAAUCACCAAAAGCAGAAUACGUUCCUCCUUGUUGUCACAGUGAAAGAUUUGGCAGGAAUGUCAGAGAACGCUUUAACCAGUAACACUGACGUGGAAAUAACUGUGAAUGAGAACCUUUGGAAGGCACCUCCGAAAGCAUCUAUCAAAGAAAACUCUACUGAGCCUCAUCCCAUCUAUAUCACGCAGGUGCACUGGAAUGAGCCAAGUGCAAAAUAUGAACUUUUGGAAAAGGAGAGGCUGCCCAGGUUCCCAUUUACAAUUGAUCAGAAUGGGAUUAUUUAUGUGACUGAACCCUUGGAUAGGGAAGAAAAGGAAUUGUAUUCAUUCUUUGCAACUGCAAAAGAUGAAGGAGGAGAGGAACUGGGCCAGCCUUUGCCAAUCUUCGUUCAGGUUGAAGACAUUAAUGAUAAUCCUCCUGUGUGCCAGAAUGCUUUGACUAUAUUUGAAGUUCAGGAGAAUGAAGGAUUAGGGAGCAAUAUUGGAACUCUGCAUGCUACAGACAUGGAUAAAGAAAACACUCUUAAUUCUCGCCUGCAGUUCCGUAUUGUGAAGCAGAACCCCAAAAUCCCUUUAGAUAACCUCUUUAUUAUCCAACAAGAAGCUGGGACUUUCCAGCUCUCUAGCUCUUCAUUAAACAAGCAGGUAGUUUCGAAUUAUUCUGUAACGGUGGAGGUGACAGAUAAAGUGUUCACAACAUUGUGUGAUGUGAAAAUAAACGUCAUUGACAUCAAUGAUCAGAUUCCCAUCUUUGAAAAAUCAGAUUAUGGUAAUUGGAAUAUUCUUGAAGAUACUCCAGUAGGAGAAGUAAUACUAGAAAUUCAAGCUACAGAUGCUGAUGAACCAUUCACUGGGAGCUCUCAAAUCAUUUACCAAAUUGAAGAGGGAGACCAAAAUAAAAACUUCAUUAUAGAGACAGACCCCCAAACAAAUAGGGGAUUUGUAAAGAUUAACAAGAUCCUUGAUUUUGAAAUGUCUUCAAUGUACAAUCUGACAGUCAAGGCCACAAAUCCAGAACCUUUGGUGCAAGGAGUACAGUAUAAUUCAAGCUCCACUGCCUAUUUCAGAGUUGUUGUGGUGGAUGUGAAUGAAGUGCCAGUUUUCUCCAAGAAUACUUAUAUAGUAAAUAUAUUUGAAGAUGUUCCUGUAGGUACUUUGGUAAUGAAUGUGACGGCCAAUGAUCCUGAGGGGGACCAGAUAAGAUACACGUUGGAAAGCAACAAGAGAAACUGGCUGCGGAUUGAUACAUUUUCCGGAGAGAUAUAUACUCAUGCUCCUUUGGAUCGAGAAGUAGAAAAUUUAUACAAAGUACAAGUCACUGCAACAGAAGAAAAUAAAAAAUCUCAGAGCUCCACAGCAGUCAUCAUGUUAUUCAUAAAAGAUGUGAACGAUAAUCCUCCCCGGCUAACAAAGGGUAAUCAUCUAUUCUUCUGCCAUCCGCUCCAUGGAGGAGCAAGAGCAGAGAUCCAGGCCACUGAUGAUGAUGAACAACUGUAUUCUCCAGAAUUCACUUUUUCUCUCAGAGGUGGUGAAAGUAUAAAGAGGGACUGGGAAAUUUCUAGAAUAAAUGGCACCCACGCUUACCUUUCCCCAAAGCACACUAAUCUAGAGGAGAAAAAUUAUAUCAUUCCAUUAACAAUUAACGACAACGGAAAACCACCUCUGGAAGGAAACCUGAAUCUUCAAGUAAAUGUUUGCAGAUGUUCAGAUGAGAAGAGAUGUUUUAUAGAAGUAGAAAACCAUCCUGGGAUGCCAAGCACAGGCAUGGCAGUUGGUAUUCUUCUUGGAGUAUUGAUAUUCAUCGGUUUUAUUGUAGGAGGCAUAUUUCUCAAACUGAAAUACAAGAAAAAGAAAGAACUUAAGAGAAAUGCAGCUGAGCCAUCUGAACUGAAAACAUUAACAUAAUAAUUGUUUAUUUUAUUAGGGGAACAAAUGACUUUUGUAACUCAGACCUCCCAUAAAUGUAUUUUCAGAAACUCUUGACACAAACAUGUAUAUGCAGGUUCCCCCUGUUCCCCACUUUUAUUAGUUAUAAAAUCUAUAUACAAUG